CUCAAAGCAGACGUGUGUUAUAAUGGAAAUAAUAUUUUUAAUAUUACUAAUUACUUGUACUAUACCAGUGUUUGGUGAAGAUUGCGUGGUUUAUACUUUUGAGGAUGAUUUCGAUAAUUUAUUUUCAAACGAGAUAGGAGUUUGCCGAGGGAUGAAAAUGUGGCAAAUGGGUUAUUAUUCCUCUAUUUAUUUGGAUAGUCCACAUGUUUUGAGUAACAAAUUUAUAUCACCGGACUAUUUGUUGAGUUGUGUAUCAUCGUUUACGUUCGCGAUGUCAGGUAUGGGUACUGUAGAAGUUAACUUGUACAUGGAUCCAGCGUCGAACAGCGAUCAGAUAUCUAUUGUGGUGCACGAAGUAGUCCCAGGGUCAACAGCUACUGUAGUAGGGAACAGAGGUAUAUCAGCGAUGGCACCAGAUUUUGUUGUAGGAUGGCACUCUAUAAGAAUUCCUCUGAUUGGUUCCGGAACUUUUCAAGGUUAUGUGUCUCUAAUGGGUAUGGCAUCAAGCGCAUCUAUUGUUCUUAUCGAUUCUUUUCGUUACAUACCACCAGCAUACGAUGAAGAACUAUGUGUAUUAUACACAGAAUCUAAUGAGACUACAUCGUUUACCGAAACAGAUACUCCGACACCGAUAUAUUCAACCAAUUAUGACUCUACUACAGAAUUGUACGAGUCUACUACAAUAGAACAAACAACAGAAUAUCAGACAACAACAGAAGAUCAACUCGACACUAUUUCAACAACAGAAGACACGUAUUCAACAGAAUAUUCAAGUACACAAAGGGAAGAAACGGAACUUCCAUCGACUACAUCACAAACAGAAAUAUCUACACAAGAAAGUGACACGGAUUGGGACAGUACAACACCAACUCUGGAGAACACUACACCAGAACUAACAACUUACGAACAAACAAACACCAAUACAGAGCAAGAAUCCGAUGUAACAACUCCCCCAUGGUUUAUAACCACAGAUUCAGAUUCUACGAAUGAAUCAUCAGAUGACUCGGAGGUGAAUACUUCUACGACAGAAACAUCCGAAGAUUACUUCACUGGAUCAACUACUGCAGACAUGACAACGGAAUUCGAAACAACUUAUACUGAUAUUUCUACUUCUGAUACAACCGAUGAAAGUAUUACAGAUACUAUAACGGAUACAGAAACUACAGAACUCAUUACUGAUUCGGAUCCAACUAUUUCAACAGAAAUUAAUGACAUAUCUACAACACCAGUAUUUAUAACCGAUGCCACGACACCGUGGGAUUUUACAACAGACCCUGAAAGUUCAACAAUUUCAACAGAAUCAACAGAGACUACUGAUAUUAAUACCACUACAGAAUUGUCAACUUAUACAGAUACUAUUGAAACAGACGUUACAGAUACAUCUUUGAGCACAGAUACUGAACAAACCUAUACAACUCAGGGAGAAGAAAACGAAACGUCAACUCAAACUGAAGCUACUACUAAUAAUUACGAUACUACAAUAACUGAUAUUACGCAAACUGAUGAAACUACAACAGAAAUAAGUGAUAUCGAUACUACUCCAAGUCUAGAAACAACUAUAACAUCUGAUUUCUAUACAGACACUGAGAAAUCGAUCAUCAGUACAACAGAUUUGUCAAAUACCGAUACCACAACAGAGGUAUCAAACGAUAAAACAACAGAGGAAGAUAUAUCAACUUCAACAUCUGAUAUUAUUGGCAGCACACAGACUGAUACUUCAGAACCAUCUGGUACUACGGAUACAGAAACAACUGGGACCACAACUCCAGAUAAUACAGAAACAACAGCACCUACGAUUACAGAUAAUAUUACUGAAACAGACGUCACAAAUACAUUUUUAACCACAGAUACAACUCAGGAAGGAGAAAACGAAACGUCGACGCAAACUGAAGUUACCACUGAUAUUUACGAUACUACAACAGAAAUAAGUGAUAUCGAUACUACAACUCCAAGUAUAGAAACAACCACAACUGAUUUUUAUACAGAGACUGACUCGUUCGUCAGUACAACAGAUUCGACAACCGAUACCGAUACCGAUAUCGAAGAUAUAUCAACUUCAACAUCUGAUAUUACUGGCAGCACACAGGCGACAAAAACAACUAUAACUACAACUCAAAAUACAGAAACCACAGCACAGAAUGAUCAGUCAAGUACAACAGUUACAAGCACCUUCUAUACAACACAAGAGACUGAAACAAAUGUAACAGUUCUAACCACACCAAAAUCUCCAGAGACUACUUCUCAAACAGAUACAGAAACAGAAAGUACAACACUAAUUCCGGAAACGGAUAAUACCCACUCCAGCUUUUGGACUCCGUUGACUAUAUCUAUGUUAGUAUUAUUAAUAAUUAUUUUAUUAAUAGUGACAGCUGCGCUUUUCUAUGGAUUAGGUAGGAGAAAAACAAACAAGGAAACUCCGCAAUAUGUUUUUACUGACUACGAAGACUUUCCAAGGACAAUAAUCGUUCCUCGAGUGACGAAAGUACUUGUUGAACCUAAUAAUUUUAAGAAAACAAUGUUAGUCUAA